AUGGGCCGUCGGCCCAAUCCCUUGAUUCUGACUUACUUUGAGAGGGGCCCCAAGUUAUCAGACAACAGCAACAGGUAUCCUCACCGCUGCAAGGCCUGCGGUGAGGACUUUCCCAAGGGCCGAAUCGACAGUUUGACAAACCACCUCACCAAGCGAUGCCCCGCCAUCUCCGAGGCCGAGAGGAUCAACGCCUGUCUGCAAUUGCACGGCAUCAACGGCAGUCCGGCACGUCGCGCCCACACAUCUGCUGUCGUUCAGUCCAAUGCUGCCGCUUUGGUCGACUCGGUCGCCGCCGACAAUGCCUUGGCACAGACAAACUGGACCGCGCUCGAGACACUUGCCGAGGUCUCACGACAGAUCAACGAGUUCAGCGGCAAGCAUGACGAGCACCUCCCGAGCCCGCAGCAUCCACCACACGAUGCUACUACCGCGUCUUUCAGCCACCCUCUCCUCGCUCUCACUUCUCACCCUUUUGAGUUGCAAGAGCAAUUCACAUUGGAGAACCCCCCCUUGAGCUAUGACAAUCGGUCUCAGCAGGAGCAACAUCAACUGCAGCCGCAAGAGCUGCACGAACAUGGCGACCUCGAACAUGACCAAGAGAUGACAGAGGAAAAGCUACGAAGCUUGUUGGAGUCUGCCGACCAUGCUCUCGAUUCUGGCGACCAUGCGUUGGAUACCAACCUGUCCAUGGCCGCGGCUGCUGCCGCCCGGCUUAAUCCCAACUAUGUCGAUCCCCGUAUGCACCAACAACUGCAGCAAGUUCUCUCCCAAGGUCUCGAACAUGACAGUGUUGAGACACCUACUUCCACAACCAAUACCACGGGCGACACCGCUGCCGGUACUCCAGCAGUUGCAGACAUUAAUCACGGACAUGUGGAAACAUCAGAGGACAUGAUCCAGGCCGUCGUUCAGCACACAGAAGCCCUUGACUCCAACACGAACAUGGACGUCGUAGAAGCCCACGUCACCACAGAUGUAGUUGACGCAGAUUUGCCAGGCACAGACGAUAUCGUAAUGGCUCAGGCACCAGACGAUAGACACUCACCUCUUGUCGCAGCUCCUAUGAACGCUCCGAUCAACAGCGCCCAUGCCAGUGCACACGAUCUUAUUCCUUCAUGGGGUGAGCUCACUUACAUACCAAAUAACAUUCAGCCCCCCGCGACUGUCAGUGAUCAAAGCCAACAAUUGGCAUAUACACUCAACAAAGGUGGCUUCAGAAUGGACACAUUGAGUGCGAAUGGUACUCGUGUUCGACACUCACGAGCCCGCUUCGACCCCACCAGAAGAAAGGAGGUGCAAGAAGUCAGACGCAUCGGCGCAUGCAUUCGAUGCCGCAUCCUGCGCAAAGUCUGCUCCAAGGGCACGCCUUGUGAUACAUGCCGCAAAGUGCUCUCCCCUCGAGUGUGGCACACAGGCUGCACACGAACCAAGCUCGCGGAGCAGAUUGAGCUGUAUUCAGCUGGGGUACAAAUUGUCGUCGCCCAAAAACGAGUCAACAAGUUGAAGGAAGACUAUAACCUUGCCAACAAUGGUCUCGUGGUUGAGGCCUCGCACUUUCACGAGACUGGUCAUCACAUCACCCUGGGAGUUCUCCAGAACGCCUCUCCGGCUGAGGCGCAAGAGUCUCAUACCGAUGGUGACAAUGCACCUGUUCUUCCGAUAAUCAUGAUUGAUAAUACCCUAGAGGACAUACCAGCCGAAGUUGAGAACUACAUGCGCCGCAUGCUUCCCGAAUUCAUCAGCCGAGAAACAUCCUCACAUGUCCGUGUAACGUUAGAGUACGCUCAGAAGGUUGCGCAUGACACAAACGAUGAGCUCUUGAGACGGUCUCUUGAGCUGUGGGGGCUGACCGAGAUCAUGGAUCGUGAACGCCAAUGGUCCUUCCAGAAGAAAUCGAAUGACAAUGACUCUAGCAAUGUCUGGCUCAAGGACGAGACAUCCACAAACGAUCAUGACAAUGAGGUCUUUACCACCUUCUGCACGCAGCUCACUGCAGGAGCUGAGCGCAAGGCCGCACAGACGAGCAAGAGUUUGCUUGUGGGCAUUCAAAGAAAUUUGCAAGAUGGCAGAUCAAAGCUUGGCUUCCCAAUGUUUCUCACUGCAAUGAUUUUUCUCAAUUGCGUUGAGAAGAUGACAUGGUCAUUCAAGGCGUGGGAUGGUGAGGCGUUGCGGUCACUAUGGCCAUUGGAGAAGCAACCAGAUAAUUACUAUAAUCAAGGCUAUGGAUUGUGUGAGCUCCUGAAAAUGCUGCUCCACAUUCGCCACAUCUUGCCCAAGAUCACCGAUGGGCCCUCUGAUCAACCCAUCAGAGCCGACGAAGAGGAUGAAGCGAUCAAGAAGUAUUAUGAAGAUCUCAACGUCACUCCCAACUUCCUGCGCGAACGUCGUGAUAACUUUUCUUUCGAUCAGUCCGACUCACGGUCAUUAGAGUUCUUGUUCUGCUCGGCACUGUUGCAGCCUUAG